CUCAGAAUUAGAUUCGAGUCCCAGUCAUAUUAUAACUCAUAGAUACGAGCAGACGACAGCAUAUAGUUUGCCUGAAUAUUAAGGCAAUACAUCCCAAUAUCAAAACCUAAAAUCUAAGGCACCAACACAUCACGUGAUAUCCUAUCGAGUCUCAGACUCAGUCUAGCUCAACCGCAUCGCAAAGUUCUCCGCAACUCACCCAUCCCAACCAGCACCACCAUGGCCAAGAAAAGCAAAGCCCGUACCAUCGCCGUCCGGUUGAUCUCCAUGGCCAUGACGGGCUACUACCGCACCAUGAUCCGUCCGCGAACCGGCCGCCCGCUGAGCAUGCUCAAGUACGAUCCCGUUGUGAGGAAGAAGGUGCUCUUCCUUGAAGCGUCGAGGGGUGGCAAGAAGUAA